GUUUGCGUCUCUUUCUCUCAAUGCUAGGGCUAAUGUAACAAAGUACACAGUGAUUUGUUUGUUUUUCGUUCGCAAAGAGGAUGCGUUGUUAAACGCGUAUAAAUUCGAUUGAAUCUGGCUAGCAAAUCAUCACACACUACACAGGUUUCCUAGUGAAAACACAUCGGAUUAACGCAAAUUCAUUUCAUUUUUCAACUGUGCAUUUUGUGUGUGAUAUUAUUGGUAAAUUUUUAACAAACAACGAAAUUAUUGGCAGUGUGAAUCAAUUUUUUUUUCGAUUCAGCGAAAAACGCUAAAUAAAAAUAAAAUUUGAAAAAAUCCGUGUUCAACUUAUUUCGAGAAAAUCAACGCUCAACUCAAACAUGAAUCGUUUAUUAAUAUUAGCAUUCAUAUUUGGAUGUGCAUCUGCAUUGCCUGCAGCGGAUAGAUCGUGCGAUUGCGUUUGUGGAGUUCGUGGCCGAAACAAUCGAAUUGUGGGUGGACACCAGACAUCGGCGAAUGAAUAUCCAUGGAUGGUUGGACUUUAUCGAAACGGUCGACUUUACUGUGGCGGCGCUCUCAUUUCCACCAAACACGUCCUUACGGCAGCCCAUUGCGUGCACUCAUUCGAUCGAAAGGAAAUCAAAAUUCAUAUUGGCGGUCACAAUAUUUCCACCGAUUUCGUUGAUACUCGUCGAAUCGGUCGAAUUUAUGAACAUGAAUAUUUCGACACGGUUACAUUUGAUUUUGAUAUUGCCAUACUUGAGCUGAGUAAACCAGUUCAAUAUGGACCCAAAGUUCAACCAGCAUGUUUGCCACAAACACAAUUCGAAGACUACUCCGGCAAAUCGGCCAUGAUCGCCGGCUGGGGACGUUUAGGUGAACAAGGUCAAACUUCGGAUCAUUUGCGCCAGGUGAUUGUUCCAAUUUGGUCAACCGAAGACUGUGGUAAUUCGGAUUAUGGCAAAAAACGUCUCACCGGCAAUAUGAUGUGCGCUGGUUUUAAAGAUGGUGGCAAAGAUGCAUGCCAGGGCGAUUCAGGUGGUCCAAUGCACAUCGAAGGCCAAACUGGCAGCAUGGAAGUGAUUGGCGUCGUGAGCUGGGGAAGAGGUUGUGCUCGACCAAAACUUCCCGGAAUUUAUACACGAGUCUCAAACUUUUUGCCAUGGAUUCAAAAACAUCUGGGCAACACUUGUAUUUGCUCACCGAAAAAAGGCAUCCGAACCGGGUUCUUGGAAACACUCGCCGAAGAAAAUGAGAAUAUUAUUGAAGAUGAUGCAGAGGAAGAAGAAGAAGAAGAAGAAGAAGAAGAAGGAGAAGGAGAAGACGAGUACGAAUAAACAGAAGAAGAAAAGUGAACAGUUCGAUUGUGUAUCGAAUGCACGUCUCUCUAGUCAUAUGUGAAUAAGUUCAAACGCACGAUAAACUGUUGCCCUUGCAGUUUUAUAGAUUUUAAAGAAAUUAGAGAUAAGCGUAUUUACUGUAUCGGUUAAGUUAGGCUGUUAAAUGCAUUUGUUUGGGCUUGACAGAAUUUUAUGAACUCUUUGUUAUUACGUUAACAGAAUUAUUGAAAAAAAUAUAGAAAUUUAAAUGUUGAUCAUAGAUAAGAAAUGGUAAUAAAAUGCAAAAAGAAUAUACUUAUUUGAA